CUCGCUCGCCGUUAUUCUUUUUUCCACCCGCCGGCCACCAACCUACAUAACCGCUCCUCUCUCUCUCUCUCUCUCUCUCUCUCUCUCCAUCUCUUCAUUCAUUUCUCUCGUUCGCUUUCUGUUACUGAAAGGACCAUGGAAUGUAGCCGUUGAUAUCAUUGCAAGUACCAUAAAUAGCACCCACCAAAUCCUUUCCCCAUUUCUGACUCCCCCCUCUGUGUGAUAAUUUUGGUAUGGAAAGUCUUCGAGAGAAUCAUAGCACCGCUCACCUCGCUUUUUAAAUCAGCACUGUUUAAGUUCAUGCUACUUUAACCAGCAGGCCCAGCACCGUCUCUUCAAAGAAAUCAUACCCUAAAUCACACAGUGUUUUGGGGCAUCCCAAGUUGAGCCAAAAAGAAGGGGAGGGGUGUGGAGGUUAAAGCAAAGAACAAAAAGAAGACUUGAAUUCUGCUGUCGACAAGAAUUUGAAAUUGUUGAAAGAAAACAAAAAGAAAGAAAUCACGAAAAGAAAACUCGGCGGAAACAGCUCGUUUUUGGCUUCGAGUUUUAGCUUCAAUGGAAGCUAAGCACAUUUUCUCUUCCAUUUUCUUUGUGGGUUUGGCUUUAUGUCUCGCAGAUGGGGACCCUGUAGAGGACAGGCGAGCUUUGCUUGAUUUUGUCAGCAACUUGCCUCACUCUCGCCCGCUCAACUGGAACCAGAGCUCACCAGUUUGCAAUUACUGGACUGGAGUCACUUGCAGUAAAGAUGAGUCUCGUGUAAUAGCUGUUAGAUUGCCUGGUGUUGGAUUUCAGGGUCCUAUUCCGCCAAACACUCUUGGUCGUCUCUCGGCGUUGCAGAUUUUGAGCCUUAGAUCCAAUCUUAUUAGUGGCCAUUUUCCUUAUGAUUUCUAUAAUCUGAAGAAUUUGUCUUUCCUUUAUCUUCAAUACAACAACCUAUCUGGGCCACUGCCAACUGAUUUCUCUGUUUGGAAUAAUCUUACUAUUGUUAAUCUGUCCAACAAUAGAUUUAAUGGGAGUAUUCCACGUUCCCUUUCCAACUUGACUCAUCUUGCGGCUUUGAAUCUCGCAAACAAUUCACUUUCUGGUGAGGUCCCUGAAUUUAUUUUGUCCAGUUUGCAACAGAUAAACUUGUCUAACAAUAAUCUUACUGGCAGUGUACCUAAGUCACUUAGAAGAUUCCCUAACUCUGUGUUUUCUGGCAACAAUAUUUCAUUUGAAAGUUAUGCUCCUCGUGUUUCGCCUGUUCUUGUUCCUACUGCGGUGCCUAAUCCGAAAUCUAAGAAUUCUAGGGGGCUUGGUGAAACAGCACUUUUGGUGAUUAUAAUUGCUGCAUGUGUUUUGGGUUUAGUGGCAUUUGCUUUCUUGAUAAUUGUUUGUUGCUCAAGAAAGAAGGGUGGGGAUGAGUGCUCAGGCAAGUUGCAAAAGGGAGAAAUGUCACCAGAGAAAGUGGUUUCAAGGACUCAGGAUGCUAAUAAUAGAUUGGUUUUCUUUGAGGGAUGUAACUAUGCUUUUGAUCUGGAGGAUUUAUUGAGGGCGUCAGCAGAGGUACUGGGAAAGGGUACAUUUGGUAUUGCAUAUAAAGCAAUACUGGAGGAUGCAACCACAGUGGUGGUGAAGAGGUUGAAGGAAGUAAGCGUCGGGAAGCGGGAUUUUGAGCAGCAGAUGGAGGUUGUUGGAAGUAUAAAGCAUGAGAAUGUGGUUGAGCUGAGGGCUUACUACUAUUCCAAAGAUGAGAAGCUGAUGGUGUAUGAUUAUUACAGUCAGGGCAGUGUUUCUUCUAUGCUACAUGGGAAAAGAGGAGGCGAGCGGAUCUCCCUAGAUUGGGAUACCAGAAUGAAAAUUGCUCUAGGGGCAGCAAGAGGCAUUGCUCGUAUCCAUGCAGAGAAUGGAGGGAAAUUUGUCCAUGGGAACAUCAAAUCCUCAAACAUAUUUCUCAACUCCAGACAGUAUGGCUGUGUGUCUGAUCUUGGUUUAUCAACUAUAACGAGCUCACUAUCCCCACCUAUUUCUCGCGCUGCUGGUUAUAGAGCCCCAGAAGUGACAGACACCAGGAAAGCAGCACAGCCUUCAGAUGUCUACAGCUUUGGCGUGGUGUUACUGGAACUUCUAACUGGGAAGUCCCCCAUUCAUACCACUGGCGGGGAUGAGAUCAUCCACUUGGUGAGGUGGGUUCAUUCAGUAGUUCGUGAGGAGUGGACAGCUGAAGUGUUUGAUGUGGAGCUGAUGAGAUAUCCAAAUAUAGAGGAGGAGAUGGUGGAGAUGUUGCAGAUAGCUUUGUCAUGUGUAGUGAGAAUGCCAGAUCAAAGACCUAAAAUGCCAGAAGUAGUGAAAAUGAUUGAAAAUGUCCGACAGGGGGACACCGACAAUCGGCCAUCUUCUGAAAACAGAUCAGAGAGUUCUACACCUCCACCUCCGGUGACUCAGAGAGAAUCCUGAAUUUUGGGGAGGAAAAAAAAUGCCAUUUGUCUAUGUUUUGUAUUUUUUAAAUCUUUUUUCCUCUUAGACUACCUGAUUAUUUUCAUCUCAAUUUUUCUUCAAACGAACAAUUUCUUCAUAAUUUUUGUUGCCA